CAACUCUCGUAGCUGCGCCGAGCGAGCGUCCCCACGACACGACCACGACCUCAGUCUACCGUCACCGUUCGCAAGCGUCGCUUCGACACGCCGCCCUCGCCAUCGCGAUCAUCACCUUUGAAAACCUGCUGCAACAUCGCCAGCCUCUGUUUCCAGUUUCCUUAAAUCAGACUCGCGUACUUUCGGCUUCCGCGCCGCGAGGACGCGACUUCGAAACGUGGAUCCGCGGCCCAAAGGACGAACUCCUGGUCCCAUCGACGCGACGACGCGUCGGUGUGUUCAUAAAGGAAGAGGCAUAAACUCGAUCACGAUGUUCGAUCAGCUCUAUUGAGAUUUCUGAGCAUUCGUCCCUGCAAGGAUUUCGAGCCUGAAUCUUGGACUACUCGACAAACAAAAUGAACGCCCCGCCGGUGUACGCGUCCUCCUGUCCGGCGUUGCAAUCGAACCUGUCGCUCCACAGUUCCUCUUACUACAGCGAGUACAGCGGAGCAGCCAGGAGGCGAUUGUCGUCCACCGGAGAGGCUGACACCUCAGCGACGUCGAGCUACGAGGGCAGUGACAGUUCAGAGAACAGCGAUGAAUCCCGCCUGGAGCCGGUGAGCCAAAUGGAACGGGAGCAGCUCGAAACGUUCUUCCGGGGAUUGAAGUCUCAGGUGUUCGUUUGCGAGUCGCUGGCCAACUUGUAUCUGGGAAGCGCGACGCAAACCGACGGGUGGCAGCUUCGAUUCACGGGUAUCCCGGUGGUGGUUCUUGAUCUGGGUGAAACGCGCUCGAGAUCCAAGAGACGGAUUCAAAUAUUGUUGGCUGAGCGCGGUACCUGUUUCACCCUUUGGCGAGAGACCAUCGACAAUUUGUCAUCGUACAAGGUAUCAGGUCCGGCUUUUCACACGAUGUGUCUCUCAUCGGACCACACUCGCUUAGCCGGACUGAGUUUCGACAAUCCGAAAGCGGCGAACGAUCUCUGGCAGCACAUAGAGCGGCUGGUCUCUUGCCCGGAGAACAUCAGCCUCUCAGUGCCUGGUAAGAAGAAGAAGAAACCAGUGCCGAAGAAAGUGGUUCUACCAGCCAAGACCAACAUCAGCCAGCCCUGUCAAUUUCAACACGUAACCAGCGUCGACGCGGCCGAUCGUUCGCGGUACUACUCUCUGCAAACGUUGGUGCCGCCUUUGAACGAGUUAGAAAAUUCGCUGGCGGCGAACUUCUGAGACAAGGAGAAGCCGGACGAGCGUGCGGAUUCGUAACUCGUUCCCAAGCUUCUCUCACACCUAAUUCUAGGGAAAUUCGGAGGCGAGACACGCGUGUGCUUCGAGCUGUCAAAGAUUAGAGCAGGUUGCCAAAUCCUUCGUCUCUCCCACAAUUUCUUUGGAAAGAUCGACGGUUGAACAGGUUCGAAGAAGAAACAGAUGGAGGAGGGUAAAAUCAAAACGACUAGCACGUUACAUAUUUCCUGAACCACGAUCGUGUAUAUCAGAGCUAAGAGUAUCUCGUUAAACUUAAUGGCCUCGUCUCGGGCCGUCUUAAAUGUUUCGCGUGAAUUCAAGAUAAUACAAAUCGUAAGAAUGUUCUUUAAGCGUAUUUAGAAUCGCUCGUUCCGAUCGUUACCGUAAUUUAAUCGUGAUAUAAUUCGCCGUAGUUGUGUCGCCGUUUCGACGACUUCAAUCGUUAAACCCCGAUCCCCCUCAGAUAGAACUUCGUCACAGUAGAAUCGAGCAUCGAGAAAUAUUUUCUGCAUUCCGAGCGACCGGCUAACAGAGUCGACUAAGUACACUAAUUUUCCAUAUCAUCGUUCUCAAGCGUUUAACGUUAUACGAGCGAAUACUGUCCGAAUAACGACUGCGAUAAGACUGGCUCUACCAUCCUAUAUUUAGGCGAACGAUUUUAACGUAGUUGGAUAGUAUUAGAACGUUUCCUCGUUAUUCGACGUUGAUCGUUAGCAUUGAAACUCUCGAAACGACUUUUAACUCCCUUAACGCUGUACGUAAAACAGGGAGCUUAUCAAAGUAUGGCAAUCGAAGGGCGGUCAAGCUGUGUUUGUUCUUCCAAAGGCACGUCACGUGUCGUUAUCAUCGUUGAGAGCGUAUCUGAUAAAGAGGAUAAUCAAACGUCUCGACGAUAAAUUAGCACGAAUCCGUUUACAUAGCGAAUCGGUUAGAGAGACCAGGCUCACCAAACGCUUCUCGGUGAUCCGCGGCCACUUAAUUGAGUGUGUAACGUCUAAAUGAAAAAUCACUUCGAUUAAACAUACAUUUCAUUUCUUUGUCUACGACUGUGAUAUAUAAAUAUAUUUGUAUAGUUACGUUUCGUAAUGUGUAUCCGCAAUUGAUUAAUCAUUUUGAUAUGUAACUUUACGAGCAUCGUUUGCGCAUGUAAUACAUAUGAUUAUGGUAAUAAACGGUAAGUUUACGAAACACUGUGUUGCUUACACAACGGAACGAUAUGCGAUGUCGCGAUAAGAACGAACGAUUUAUUCUACGAUUAUGUUCUAAACUACGCGGCGUUUCGUAAUAUAAAUCAUCCGUUGCUGUUCUACCGCGAGAUGGAAGCACGAAUUCCUAUUGGACGGCAAAGUCUGAAUCGUUAAAGGGAAACUCGAUGGGUACUUUACGUGCGAGAUUCAAGUUGAACACCGAGAAUCCCGAAUACCCUUCGCGUCUGUCUCCCCUGGGAGAUUGCACUUAGUCUUAAUCCGAUCCGUAGAACUUGCGAUUCGCUUUACUGAAACCUCUUAGGAUUCUACGUAAGGCAAUAUAAUUUAGCUGUGACAAGUAAUUAUUCUCGGUUUAGCGUAUGCAAACGACGGGGUCGUCACACCCGGAAUCAAAGACGCGCCGGUGCGACUAAACUUUCUUUUUACAUCCGGUAUACCGAAGGUGUCGGUAUUUGCAUCUAACUCGUCCUUUGCCCCUAAUUAACAUUCUACUUUCACCGAUGCGAGGAACAAUCGUUUAUUCUUGAUAGUUCUCCGUCGCUUUUAAACGUAGACAAACCUGCGAUACGUUUAAACCGGAAGCUACGAUUAACGAGCACGCUUUCCCGCUCUGACGCUGUUCAAGAAAAUGUAUAAAGAAGAAUCGGAAAGAGGUCGUCGCGUCGCGUGCCGUCACGUAUUCUCGAUUGGCGAGUCGUUUCGCGGCUCAAGCAUUCCACGCGUCGGAUUUCACGGCCCGAGUUCCAUCGCCCUACGGGGAAACGCAGGAAGUGACUCACGCGAUCGAUUAUUCCCGAUCUAGCAGUUAUUAUUCGUAUUUCACCUCGGCAAAGGGUUGAUACCGAAAACUAGGUGGACAGACAGAAGAGAGAGGAAGAAUCGCGCGGCAGGAAGUGCUCGACGAGUCGCAAAGGCAGCCACGAUUCAUCGAUACGAGGAAACGACAAGUCGUCAGUGUGUUUCUGGAACUCACGUACCAUUCCGUUUCUUUCACCGUCCCGCGACGUCGUAGAAGAGAUUUCAAUCAAGCCCGAGCUGAGAUCGUGUUAGAAACAGAGACGGGUAUAAAAAUCAGGAAAGUACGAAGUGAAAUUUUCAAGUUGGGAAACAAUGAUUCAGACGAUGAAACUGAUACUGAGCGUUCGCUCUCUUUCAACAGCUUCGACUGGUAAUUAAAAGCAUGCACGUUGAUCGCUGAUCCGUGGGAGGAUUUUAUUGUCGAUUCUAACGAUACUCUCUCCUCGUUUAAAGAGCUCGUCGAUAGAAUAUAAUAUAGCCACUUAUCUGACGACCAUAAAUUUCCCCUGCCAGCAAUUAUCUUGCUUAAAACUUGAGAGUGAUUAAUUUCGAGCUCAACGACCCUUAGCCUUGUUCGAUCUCUGACAAAAACUCAGGAAGCUGUGCGAGAUGCGUGGGUUCUGGGUACGCUGGAGUCGGGCCGUGAUCUUUAAAGAGGGUCGCCGGGAGAGAGAUCCGGGGACACUGAUAUUGGGUCAGUUUUUGCGACUGGUUUCUAGUUUCCACAGUGGUGCAAUGAGGCCUGCGCUUCCCGUAGACGCGGAACGCCAUACGUUCCAGAUUAUCUACGGGCCGAUGCAGCGAAGAGGACGAGGACGAGGACGAGGACGUAGGAUGAAAGAAAACAAGUCGUUUUCUACGGGUCGGUUUACACAGAUUACGUAUUUACUGUACCCACGAAACUUGUAUCAGAAAUAAAAUCGUUUAAAUUAUA